AUGGCGACAUCGAGGGAGCCUCAACCGAAUGCUAGGGUCAACCAGAGCGUCUGGAAUAUGUCCUCAGUGCUCAAACCCAGUGAGCCUGACCAGGGGCUACGGCGUGCAAGGUCUGUCCCAACCUGUCCUGAUCGCAGAUUAUCCCCAGCCCCCGCCUCAAGCUCGUCCAAUGCCUGUCGGUCCUCAUCAUCGUUCAAUGCUCGCACCACCUCAUCCCGGUCCACAUCUGGCUCAGCCUCUUCUUCCACUCGUGGAAAGACACUGCACUCUGCUUCCUCCAUGGCCGGUGCAAAGCAAGCCAACACAAUGAGACGGAAAGCAGAUAAGCCAGGUGCAACAUCUGUGUGGCCUCCAGCCCCUGCAACACCCAAUAUAUCAUCCAAGGAUAUGACCAGGGCAGCAAAAUCGCCGUCCCCUGUGCAGAAGAGUAAGCUCUCUACGAGGCCUGGUAUCGAGAAGAUGGCAAUGUCUUCUCUAAAGCUGAGAACUCAGAAAGCAACGCUGGGAGCUCUUGGAGGUGGAAAAACUCAAGCUGUGUCUUCGGCGCGUGCUCCUGGUGCCUCAGCAAAGAAAAUUAUGGGAGCCAAAAAUUCUCUCUCUAUCCAGAGGACAAGAAGUGUGCCGGCAAGACAAAUAGAGGCACCAAAAAUCGAGGAACAAGAAGUCGAGCUGUUGAUGGAAUUGGAUGGGACGGAGAGCCUAAGCACCCCUUCCAUAGAAGAGCACUUGCAAGAACGGCUCCCUGACCCUGUCGAGCUGAAACCUGUAGAUGAUAUUAGUUAUGCUACAUCUGAAGGUGCUCCAAGUGAGCCAUCCUCUAAUCAAGAGCAAUACAAGAAUGAGGUCAGAGAGCACAUUUCGGAAGAGAAACAUGAAGGGAAAGAUGAAAACCUGAAUGGAGGUGUCAAUGCUGAUGUUGGAAGCAACAGUGAAGCAAAUGUUGUGAAGGAAGCUGUCAGUGAAUUUGAGCUAAACGAAGCUGUUGAUGAAACUGGGUUAAACGAAGCUGACAGUGAAACUGAGUUAAAGGAAUCUGUUAAUAAAACCGAACUAAACGAAGCUGUCAGUGAAAUUGAGUUAAAGGAAGCUGUUGAUGAAACCAAGACAAAUGAAGCUGACUGUGAACAUGAGUUAAAAGAAGCUGUCAAUGAAACUGAGUUAAAGGAUGCUGUCACUGAACCUGAGUUAUUAGCAAAGGAAGAGGCUAAAUUUAAGGACGAGAAGAUAAUGUUGCCAAGGAAUACCCUGGAGUUGGUACAGAGGUGGAGGAUGGAUGAUGGCAUGAGCAAUGAAGUGACAGAGGAGGGCACGAGCAAGCCUAUGCAGGAGAGGAAGAACAAGGUAAUGGCUUUGGUGGGGAAAUUUGAGAACGCCAUGUCUGGCUGA